AUGGUGUUCAACUACUUCAACAAGCCAUCCGACGAGGAGUCGGUCAAGAAGAACGAGGAGUUCACAACGUCGUCCAUCUCUUCAACUUCUGUUGAGAAGCAGUACAACACCACGCAUCGGACGCUGACCUCAAGAACCCUGCACUUGAUCGCUAUUGGAGGUGCCAUUGGAACAGGUUUGUUCGUCACCAUCUCCACUGGUCUGCUGUAUGGUGGUCCGCUGGGACUGUUCUUGGCCUUCUUCAUCUGGACAGGAGUGAUAUUCGGUGUCACUGCCUCCAUUGGUGAGAUGGUGUGCUACUUGCCAAUAUCGUCGCCAUUCAUUCAAAUGGCUGGACGUUGUGUCGACGAUGCCUUUGAGCUCAUCGUAGGCUUCAACUAUUUCAUCAUGAUUUCCGUCUACAUUCCCUUUGAGAUCACCGCUGUUAACGGUAUGAUCCACUACUGGAGAGAUGACUAUUCUCCAGCCAUAUCGUUCUGCAUCCAGAUCUUCAUCUACACUGCACUGAACUUGUUUGCCGUGAAAUGGUUUGGUGAGUCUGAGUUCUACCUCUCCAUUGGUAAGCUGUUCCUGGCUAUUGCGUUGAUCUUUUUCACUUUCAUCACAAUGGUUGGAGGAAACCCACAACACGACGCAUUUGGGUUCCGCUAUUGGAAUGAUCCAGGCCCAUUCUCAACGUAUUAUACCACUGGAAACAUGGGUCGCUUCCAAGGUUUCCUGCGUGCUUUGAAUACCGGCUGCUUCACCAUCGUUGGCCCGGAGUACUUGUCCAUGGUUGCUGGAGAAGCUGGUCAGGAGACCAGAAAAGUCCUUGCCGGUACUUUCAGAUCUGUGUUUUACAGAUUGAUAUUCUUUUACAUCUUUGGUGCCCUGUCUGUGGGUAUUUUACUCCCAUAUAACGAUCCAACCUUGAAUGAACUUGCUGCAGCAGGUUCUACCUCUAACGGUUCUUACUCACCUUAUAUCAUUGCAAUGACUAACAUGGGCAUCAAGGUGUUCCCUCACAUCGUCAAUGUCCUCUGUGUUGUUUCUGCCUUCUCUGCAGGUAAUUCAUAUGUCUACUGCUCUUCCCGGUCCCUCUAUUCUAUAUCUCUGAGAGGGUUUGCACCAAAGUUCCUACAGUACUGUACAAAGUCUGGUGUUCCGGUAUUCUGCGUUGGUAUUGCCUUUUGCUUCUCUCUCUUGUCCCUGUUACAGUUGGGUGAUAGCACAGCCACUGUGCUGAGCUGGAUCGUCAACCUGUGUACCGGUGCUCAAGUGAACAACUACUUCUUUAUGUGCAUCACUUACAUUGGAUUCUAUCGUGCAUGCAAUGCCCAAGGAAUCGACAGAACACAGUUCAGAUACUUGUCGUGGUUCCAGCCUUACACUAUCUGUUUCUGCUUGUUCAUGACUCUGUGCAUGGUGGGCUCGUUGGGCUACACCGUCUUCCUUCCAGGCAUGUGGAACAUUGAGAACUUUUUAACUUAUUACCUGAUGAUCUUGCUCGACAUUGUUCUCUACGUGGGCUACAAGCUGAUCAAGAGAUCGAAAUUUGUCCAACCAGAGGAGGCAGAUCUCAUCACUGGCCUUGCCGAGGUCGAAGAGCACGAGAUGAACUACCUGGAGAGCUUGGAGAGAGAAGGAAAGCUGCACCAGAAGUGGUACCAGAAGAUUGCAGAAUGGGUCUUUUAA